UAAGUGAUAACAUUUCAUCGUUAAUCAAAAUUUCCACAAGACAUAGCGGCGGAGGGCCUUCAGGAUGAGUAAAGACGGUUGAGACGCCCGCGCGUCGGUGACGACGCGCGCACUAAACCCACCAUGUCUUUUUUUAACAAUCUCAAAAAGGUGCUGCACCUUGGAAGCGGCAAUGACGCCAAGAAGAAGAAGGUGUUCAGCAACAUCCGGGACAACAGCGACCCCGCCGACAACUGGGACAUGAUCGGCGAGCUCGGAGAUGGCGCUUUCGGCAAGGUGUACAAAGCGCAACACAAGACGACCGGCCAGCUCGCCGCCGCCAAGAUGUGCGUUCUGGACAACGAGGACGACCUCGCCGACUUCACGGUGGAAAUCGACAUCCUGUCCGAGUGCCGCCACCCCAACGUGGUGGAGCUGCACGAGGCGUACUUCAUAGACAACAAGCUGUGGAUGCUGCUGGAAUACUGCGACGGCGGCGCCCUCGACUCGGUGAUGUCGGAGCUGGAGAAGGGCCUCAGCGAGUUGCAGAUCGCGUACGUGUGCCGCGAGAUGUGCCGCGGCCUGCACUUCCUGCACUCGCGCCGGGUCAUACACCGCGACCUGAAGGCCGGGAACGUGCUCGCGACCAUGACUGGCGGCGUCAAGCUGGCUGACUUCGGUGUAUCGGCGAAGAACAAGUCAACACUACAGAAGCACGACACGUUCAUAGGGACGCCUUACUGGAUGGCUCCCGAGGUAGUCCUCUGCGAGACCUUCAGGGACAACCCCUAUGACUUCAAGGUCGACAUCUGGUCUUUGGGCAUAACGCUGAUAGAGUUCGCACAGAUCGAGCCGCCCAACCACGAGAUGACACCAAUGCGGGUGUUGCUCAAGAUCCAGAAGAGCGACCCACCCAGCCUGGAGCAACCCUCGCGGUGGAGCAAGGCGUUCAACGACUUCGUGGCCAAGGCGUUGGUCAAGGACCCAGAAAAAAGGCCCACCUCCAUCGACUUGCUCAAACACGAGUUCGUUUCCGGGGACCUCGACUCCAAACCCCUACGUGACCUCCUGUUGGAGUACCGAGCCGAGGUCGUCGAAGAGGAGCUACUGGAUGAUGACUCGGAGGAACACCGCAGCUCUCAGAUGCAUGUGGACAUGGAAGAUGACUCCACGUCCGUGAGGUCGGGCGACACGCCGGACAUCAAGAUGUCGGAGGCGGAGCCGAGUGCGGGCGCGACUCCGGUGCCGCCGGCGGCGCGCGCCAAUCCCCCCUCCCCGCGCGCCGCCUCCCCCGCCCCGCCCCUCCCCGCGCACACGCCCACCAAGCGCGCGCUGGCCGACGACGCGCCGCCCGCUGACCGGAGACCGCCGGCACCAAAGAAGGAGAAAGGUCCCGCGCCCCCUCCCCCCGGCCCCGCCUCCGCGGUUUCUGCCCCGCCCCCCUCCCCGCCCUCGCAAACAGCGCGCCCCGCACGCAAGCAGCCCGCGCCGCCCCCGCCCGCCGUGCCCGUGUCGCCCGCCACGCCCACAGCACCCGCCGCACCCGCGCCCGCCACGCCGCCGUCCGCUAUCGCAGGACACAUUGUGGAGCAGGUGUGCCGGGAAGCAGAAAAGGCGGUGGAAGAGAAAUCAGACAAACCAACAGACAAAACAGAACUUAACGAUAUAGACGCGAAACCAAAGCCAGAUAACAGACAAGUAACACCCGAGCCCGCUGAAGAAAGACUCAACGGCCUCGCGGACCACAAACCAAUUGAAGUCGACAAAAUUAGUCCGACAGUCGAAAAGAGUAGUCCAAAAGUCGACAGAAUUAGUCCGCAAAUCGACAAAAUCAGUCCUAAAGUUGACAAAGUCAGUCCCAAAGUCGACAAAGUCAGUCCCAAAGUCGACAAAAUAAGCACAGAUGUCAGAAAAGUUGAUGAAAUCAAAUCCUCAAGCAUGGACGUAAAUGAAAUUAGCGUUGACGUCAACAAACAAAGUCCGGAUAUCAAAAAACCGGACGCGAACAAGUCAAAUGUAGAUGUUAACAAAACUAGUCUUGAUGUGAACGCCAAAAUCAGUACAGACGCACCGGAAACACCUGAGCAACAUACCAACAAAUCUAAAGUUGAAGUUAGAAAAAGCGCGGAUGACGUCAGACUUGAAAACAGAAAGGACAUUAAUAGGCGUAGUGUUGAUAUUAGUAAAUUCGGUGAAAUCAGUAGAUCAAGUGUCGAAAUUAACAAAUCUAGUGAAGUUAGGGCCGAAGUGCGCGCGAUUGCUGAUCUAAUCAAAGGUGAUAAGAAAGAGAGGUCCAGAUCUAGCUCAACGGAGAUAGAUACUAAGCGCGUUAGUGCGGAAGUGAGUAAGAUAGAGUCGCGUUCUCGCUCAGUGGAUGACAAGGACAGAUAUAAUGUGGAAGUGAGACGGAGUAAGGAUUACACGAGAUCCGGCUCAAUAGAAGAGAAGGAGGUUGAGAAGGAGACAGCCCCGAGCGCGGUGGAGAUACGAUCAGUCACGCCGCCGGAGCCUCGCCCCGGCGCAGUGUCCCUGGUGGGCCAGCAGGCGGUGACGGUGGUGGCCGUCAGUGCGGAGCCCAACUCGCUUGCCGCCGCACCCGUCGGCCUGGUGACUGUCACCACCACGCACCCGCCCGUGCUCAAAACUGCGGCGCCGCUGCCGCACAACGCGGUGACGAUAUCCACCACUCCGCCCAUGGACGAAGUGGUGGUCGUACGAGCCGGCUCCUCGUCCGAUGAUGACGCAUUCGCGCCAUCGUCACUGGACUCGCUGGACUGCACCACUUGUUACACAGAAAAGGGCCGCGGCAGAAGGCUAGACAGUAGUGAGGUUUUAAUACUGAGCCACGGCGCCGGCGACUCUGGGGUUUUCGACGACAGUCAACACAACCAUCUCAAUCUGGAUACAUCCCACGUGUCCGUGGUAACGGUGGGCGAAGAGGUCAGGGUGCGGGACUCGUCCGCGCCCGCGCCGCACACUCCUCACAACCAGAGACCGUCGCGACUGAGUCCCGACAGCUUCGAGAGUGGUCGGUCGCAGUCUGACAGCGGGUCGGUGGCGUCGGAGAGGUCGCGGCGCGGCGAUGCCGACUCCCUGGCCACCACCGCCACCAGUGCCUCGCACGACUCCCACCAUCUCCUCAACGGUGCCGCCAGAGUGAACUCCGAAAGCCAAGUGUUAGACACGGAAGAGGUGGUGCUAAGACGGAAACCUCAAGACGGACAGCCGAACAGGAUGCAAAGGUCCAAAGAAGACAUACACAUGGCGAACCUCAAGAAGAAGACGAGAAAACGAACGAGAAAGUUCGAGAUCGACGGAGUCAUGGUCACCACCACCACAUCGAAGGUGAUCUGGGGCGACGAGGAGAGCGGCCGCACGUGGGACGACCACGCGCUCCGCAAGCAAGAGCUGCGCGAGAUCAAGAUGUUGCAAAAGCAGGAGCAGAAACAGUUCCAGGACCUCAACGCGAAGGAGCACCAGCUACGGGAUCAGCAGGACAAGAGGUCCGAGGCCGAGCUGGCGUCGCUGUCGCGGGCGCACGAGGCCGACCUUGACACGCUUGCGCGCGCUCAGCGAGCGGCCGCCGAGCGAGCCGAACAGCAGCUAGAGACGGAAUUACGGCAACACGCCAAGCGCCUGCGCACAGAGCACGAGCGUGACCUACGGCACUUUCGCGACACGCUCAAACAGGAGUUGCGGUUGCUGAAACAGGAAGUGGAGCUGGUUGCAAAGGAGCGGCGCAAAGAGGCGUACCGGCAAAGACGCGCGCGCCUCGACGCCGAGCACGCGAGCCGCGAGCGCGCCUUCGUCGCGUCGCUGGCGGACGCGGGCGACGCCAUCUUGCGCCGCGUGCACGACAAGCACCGCGAGCGGCAGGCGCUCGCCGACCGCCAGUACCUACAGCAGCGGCACCAGAUCAUGCGCACCAGAGAAGCGGCACUGUGGGAGCUGGAAGAGAAGCAGAUCCACGAGCGGCACCAGCUCGCGAAGCGGCAACUCAAGGACGAGUUCCUGCUGCGGCGGCACCAGAUGCUGGUCCGCCACGACAAGGAGCUCGAGCAGAUUAAGCGAAAGAACAGUCGCAAAGAGGAGGAGUUGGCAAAGUGCCAGGCGCUCGAGAAGCGCUCGCUACCGAAGCGCAUCCGCGCGGAGCAGAAGGCGCGGGAGAUGAUGUUCCGUGAGUCGCUGCGCAUCGGCGCCGCGCCCACCUCCGCGGAGGACGACCGCGAGCGCCUCAAGAAGUUCCAGGAGAACGAGAAACGUCGCUACAGAGCAGAACAGCAGAGGUUGGCCACCAAGCACGCCAAAGCCAGGGAAGAACUCAAGGCGGCCGGAGAAGCGUUGCUGCGUGAACUGGAGCAGUACCAGAACGAGAAGCGCAAGGCGCUCAUGAACCACGAGAGCGGCAAAAUGAAGUCCAUUGAGGAGCGGUACGCGCACGAGCUAAAGGAGUGGCGCGCAACGCUCGCCGACAGGAAGGCGAGCAUCAUAAAGAGUUUCGAGAAGCAUCUAGAUGAUCACGAAAAGAAAUACGGCAUAAAAAUACCCGACAGGAGUUUGUACCUCGAGGCGCCGUGGCCGAAAAACGUUCUGCAGCACGUACUGACGGCGUACCAUCAGCGGAACUCUUUCAUGGGCUCCCUAUCCAGGUCCAGGACAAGUCUGAACCUGAUACCAGCGAACACACCGAGCCUGGAUCGCAGGAGAAGUGUCAGCCCCGGUUCCGUAAGGCAGACCAAAUCGGCCGUGUCCAGCGCAACUAACACGACAAAGCGCGGAAAGCUGACUAAAGCGCACAGAUACGGCUCCACGUCCAACCUCAAGUUGGUCUCCGAGAAAAUAUCCGGAUUCUCCGUGUUCAAUAACUCAGAACUACGGCGAGAACCGAUAAUGGCGUACGACGAGAAUCCACAGAAAAUCGAGGAAGAACCGAGAAAAAUCGAGAGAUCCAAGCCGCUUGAACGGACCUCGAUAAACUCACGCGCGAAAAAGUACAACAGACAGAGUCUUAGCGACCAAAUGUUCAUGCAAGUAAACGAGAACCCCAUAUUAAAGCGCAGUAUUUCUCAGCAGAGCUUGAAGCAGGAUAUUUCUAUGGAAGCUGUUGUAAUCGACAUGCCGUCUCUGGACGGGAAGUAUGACACGUACAAGAGCAUGGCCAGCACUAGCACCCAGUCCAGUGAAGGGGAGGGAGGUUAUUUGAGUCGAUGGGGGGCGUUUAGGGGGUCAAAUAGUUACUCUAACACACCGGACGUACCUGUAAGCCAACUUUCAACUCUAAACUUAAAGGCGGUAGCUGAUAAGAAAGAUAAGUCAGAUUCUAUCGUUUAAAAACGCUAACUUAACACGUUGUUAAACUUAACGAGUGUUGAGAUCAAUUUAAUCUUGUUAUUUUAUAUGCCCGAAAAUAUUAUAAUACCGUGUCGCAUCGGGUUGUGUUUUUGGCAUACAAUAUAAUAAGAUUAGUUUUUUGCUCAACACGCGCGCCGUUGCGUAUAUACAUUAGCUAGAUUAAAAGUAUUACUGUCGGAAUUAGAAUAAAA